GGUGAUUCCAACCUGUGAUAACUGAGAACAAUACAAAUAGAGAUUUGAAAUUCAUGUUGAAUCAUGAAUCAUAUGUCUGCAUCUCUCAAAGUCUCCAAUAGCUCCAAAUUCCAGGUCUCUGAGUUUAUCCUGCUGGGAUUCCCAGGUAUUCACAGCUGGCAGCACUGGCUAUCUCUGCCCCUGGCACUACUGUAUCUCUCAGCACUUGGUGCAAAUACCCUCAUCCUCCUCAUCAUCUGGCAGAACGCUUCUUUGCAGCAGCCCAUGUACCUUUUCCUUGGCAUCCUCUCUGUGGUUGACAUGGGUCUGGCCACUACUAUCACGCUUAAGAACCUGGCCAUCUUCUGGUUUGAUGCCAAGGUCAUUAGCCUCCCUGAGUGCUUUGCUCAGAUUUAUGCCAUUCACUUCUUUGUGGGCAUGGAGUCUGGUAUCUUCCUCUGCAUGGUUUUUGAUAGAUAUGUGGCUAUUUGUCACCCUCUUCGCUAUCCAUCCGUUGUCACCAGUUCCUUAAUCUUAAAAGCUAACCUGUUCAUGGUGCUGAGAAAUGGCUUAUUUGUCAUCCCGGUGCUUGUGCUUGCAGUGCAGCAUGACUAUUGCUCCAGGAAUGAAAUUGAACACUGCCUGUGCUCUAACCUUGGGGUCAGCCUGGCUUGUGAUAACAGGAGGCCAAACAGCAUUUGCCAGUUUGUCCUGGCAUGGCUUGGAAUGGGGAGUGAUCUAAGUCUUAUUAUACUGUCAUAUAUUUUGAUUCUGUACUCUGUACUUAGACUGAACUCAGUUGAAGCUGCAGCCAAGGCCCUGAGCACUUGUAGUUCACAUCUUACCCUCAUCCUUUUCUUUUACACUAUUGUUGUAGUAAUUUCAGUAACUCAUCUGACAGAGAUGAGGGCUACUUUGAUUCCAGUUCUACUUAAUGUGUUGCACAACAUCAUCCCCCCUUCCCUCAACCCUAUAGUUUAUGCACUUCAGACCAAAGAACUUAGGGCAGCCUUCCAAAAGGUGCUCUUUGCUCUUACAAAAGAAAUAAGAUCCUAGAGACCUUCUCCGUGAUGUCCAUAAACCUCAGCUUCUCCUAAACUGGAUAGUAAAAUUUCAAAGAGGAUAAACAAGUAAGUGCAUACCUUUGGGAUUCCCUUUUUAUAUUUGUAUGUAAAUAAUUGUGAAAGCUUCAGAAAAGAUACAAAAAAUCACAGUAGCCUAAAAUAUUGACAAAACCUAAAUAUAUAAAUAUAUUUAAGAAUAUGGAAGAAUUUUCUGCCAAACCAAAUUGGAUUUAAAGAACUUAAUGAUUUAUCUAUCUCAUAAAAUAAAAAUGAAUACAAUCACACACCCACACAUACACACACACACAUACAUUCAAUCAGAGAAAUGAGUGAUUGGGACAUGAAUUAUAGGUCAUGCUUACACAUCGUUAGCUGUAACUUGGGAGCAAAGUCAGUCUCCCUGAACAAGCAUUACUCCAGUAAUAUGGAAUAUAGAGGCCGGAAAAGAAAGCAAUUCAGACAAAUAAAGUCAAAUCAGAAAAUGAUGAGGAUUUAGGUGGACUAUGAGAUGACUCAGCUUGGACAGACAGAACCCAAAAGGUUCAUCUAGCUAGAAGGAUCUGGUGCUUGUGCCAUUUGCCUCCCCAGAUUUGCUCUCUGUCCUUUGUGCACUGCUCUGUAAACUGGAGGGCUGACUUUCACAUAUUGUAAGCCCAAACUCCUUUGUCUUUUGGUGUUUAGUUGAAUUGAGCCAAUGUGAUGCCGUGACAGAUUAUAGUUCAAGAGGAGAGAGCAUUUGGGCUAUUUAUUAUUCUACUUCCAGCAUGCUUUGACAUUGGGGUUCUCACUGGAUGUGUCCCUUCUCUGGUCACCCACCUGCUACAACUACAACUCUUAGGGAAAUAUAGUAACAGGCUUGUCUUGCCUUCUUUCUUCAGGCCAAGGGGCUGAUAAAGGCUUCCUGAUAGUAGUCUCUGAGUGCCCAGCAUGCAUUAUUUUUUCAAUAUCCAGUUUUAUUUUCUUAAAACAACCUACUACUCAAUAAUACCUUCAUUAAAUUGUCUUC